AUGGCGAGUACGACUACGCAAAACGGGACGUACCAGAUCUGGUCGCUGAAGGUGGCUGAGAUGGGGUGGAAGUCGCUCUAUGACGCUGCGGUGGGCCACGCGGGCCCGAUAGCUGCAGAGGGCAUCCAGAACGCGGAGACGCUGGAGCUGAGCAGGAACUUGAGCACGUUCCUGGCGAUGAAGAUGCGCGGGAAAGCGCAGACGAUGACUAAGUUGGCUGGUGCUGGCAAUGGGUUCGAGGCUCUUCGGCAGAUCUAUGCUGACUACCGCCCGAGUGGCGGCACUUCGGAGCACAGCCUGCUGACGACGAUCGUGCAGCCGAAGUGGUGGACGAGUGCUGAUCACUCGAGGAGAAGCUUCGCGGAGGUGCUGCACGACUGGGAUCAUCUCGUCACGCAGUAUGAGUUGGCGAGCCACGACACGAUCAGCGACAGGCUCAAGUGUGCGACCAUCUUGGGCUAUGCGCCGCUGCCGAUCAGGAAGGUGCUCGACGGGGCCAGCCAGGAGGUCAGAGAGAACUGCGCGGUGAUGCGGACAAGGAUUCGCGAGCACUGCGUGGAGAGAAAUGCCAAGGCUUUCGCCCCCAGGCCACCUGAGGUGGGAGGAGGAGGCCAGGCGCCGAUACAGGUGGAUGCGGUCGGCCAGGUUGACGCGAUUGGGUUCGACAAGCCGCGCUGCAACCUCUGCAAGAAGCUCGGCCACACGGCCGACAAGUGCUGGUUCAAGGGCAAAGGUGGCGCCAAGGGCGACUCCAAGGGUGGCAAGGGCGAUGGCGGCAAGGGCGGAUCGAAUGGCGGACGCGGUGGCAACGCGCCGUCGAGUGACAAAGACAAGACAUGCCACUACUGCAAGAAGAAAGGCCACAUCAAGAUCAACUGCUUCAAGUUCAAGAAGGAUCAGGAGGACAGGAAGAAGGGCACUGUCAGCAUCGUCGAGAAGGAGGCCGCCGAGGUCAACGUGAUGGUCGUACCCAGCGAAGUCGACUCUGACGAGUGCGGCUUCUGCAUGGCGCUGGAGAGCGACUACGUCGACCACGACUCGGACGAGCACCAGGUGGACAUCGUCGACCACGACUCAGACGGGCACCAGGUGGACUACGUCGACCACGAGUCGAACGGGCACCAGGUGGGCUACGACGGCUACGAGAGCGUCGGAGACCAGCUGGAGGACGAGUUCGCGUGCCACGCCUGUGACGACACGAUCAUCAUGGCUAUCGGCGACGGGGCCAAGCUCAAGGAGUACGACGUUGACGACUUUCUGAUGCUGGAUGGCGGCGCUGACGAGCACUGUGCACGACGAGGCUUUGCGAGACAUCGCGUAGUGGAGCCUGCGUCGACCAAGCUGAUCGCCGCCCAGAAGCAGAAUAUCUCUCUUGAUGGUGAGGCCAUGGUUCCCUUCACCAUGGGGGGUCGAGUGGUUUGCAAGGCCAACUUCAAGGUCGCCCCUUUCGCUCGGAACCUACUCAGCACUCUCAGAGUCUAUGAUGCAGGUUUUGACGUGGUCUACUCGCGCAAUGACGGGUGCUACGUUGGUUACUCCAAGCCUGACGGGAGGUGUGUCAAUAUUCUGAUGGUGCGGAGAAAGAACACGUUCGGGGUCCCUGCCAGCGUGCACGAGGACCUCGAGGACGCCAAGGAUGCGGUCAAGGAGACCAAGCGGUUGCUAGGCCGCUAUCCCGACCAGCAGUCGGGCAUCGUCGCCGCCAACGAGGACGCGGUGAUGAAGGGCGAGGGGGCCGCCCAGCAUGCCGAGCUCAAGCACAAGCAGGACUUGGACUUCGAGAAGGCGGUCGAGGAGCGUUACCAACCGCAAGUGGACGGCCAGCCUGUGACAGAGGCCAAGGUCGUCGAGGCUCCCUAUGCUCCAACGGAGGUUGAGAAUGAGCAACACGAGGUUGCUGGUCACGCGGUGUUCAAGAAGUGGUGCCCUGCGCGUGUGUUCGGACUGGGACCUGAGGGCCCGCAAGUCAAGCAGCCCGUGUACGACAGCAAUGUCAGAGAGGAGCUGAUUUUCUUUGACUGGGCCUUCAACGACACUAGGGACACGGACAAUCUCUGCGACGAGGCCGACAAGGGUCUCGGGACAUCUCUUGUGGCUGCAGAUCGCAGCACUGGUCUGCUCUACGGCGACGCGCUGGGGAGCAAGGCCGCAGACGAUCACACCGCGAAGCAGCUCAUGAGGUUCAUGAAGCAGCUCGCGUACCAGAAGCCAGAGCUCAGGUGCGACACGGAGCCUGCGGUGAAGGCUCUCCGAGAGAAGGUCGUGAACGCGAGGAACGAGGAUAACCUGGAGACCAGAGUUUCGCAGGGUCGCGCGCGGGACAGCAAGUCGAUGGGCUUCAUCGAGACGCGGAUCCGCUGGUGGCGAGGCCGCUUGAAGGCCAAUAGGGUGCAGGUGGAGAUGGACUGCGGUAUCAAGCUCACGCCGCACUCUUCGCUCUGGCCGUUCCUCGCCCACCAUGCUGCAAACGUGACGAACUGGUACUCGCGAGGUGCUGACGGCUAUGCGGCUCACUUCGCGGUCUACGGCGUGAGCUACACUGGAGCAGUGGUUCCCUUUGCUGAGACGGUGAUGACGAGGGUUCCAGUCAGCCAGACGGGCCAGCGGCGUUCGAUGGGAGGUUUGGUUCCCAGGCUGACCAAGGCGGAUGCUGCCUGGGUCAAGGGAAUCUGGGUCGGCAAGACGACCAACAACGACGAGCACAUUAUCCUGGCGAUUGCUGGCAAGGUGACCUGCAGGACCGUCCGCAGGAUGCCCGAGGGGGAGCGCCACGACAAGGAGCUCUUCCUGAAGGUCUGCGGCGAGCCCUGGAGGGAGAAGGUCGCGCACAUGCCUCGGUCCCUCGUCAUGGACGGCGGCGGGGGCGAGGUCGCGCCGACGACGCUGGAGGCCGUGGGCACGGAAGCCGAGGGGGCAGCUCCAGGCGGAAAGCUCUGCAGGAGCUGGCGGAAGCUCGGGGAGUGGACCAAGAGGGGACGCUACGAGGACCCGAUCGUCGGGGCCAUCGAGGACAUCAGCGAGGCGCUGGACUACACGGCCCUCCUGACGGCCAAGGAGCUCACGCACUUGGGCAGCAGCGGCUUCCCCCAGGAGGAGGCGACUGAGGCGCUCGACAAGGGCUUAAAGCUCUGCGAUGAGUUCGGCAUCUACUCAGUUCAUCCUCGAGCGGCCUCCGACGGCAAGAAGAAGGUUGAUGCCAAGUGGGAGAAGAAGGACCGAGCUGGGGUUCUUAAGUACAGGCUGGUGGGCAGGGAGUUUGCCUGGCUCGAGGAGCGUGAUGAUCUUUUCGCUCCUGGGUCGACGUCCCUGACCAGCCGCACCAUUGACUUCCUCAGCCAGAAGGACGAUGAUGAUCCAGAUGGUCGACUGGUGGUUGCGGUUGGCGACGUCUCGGGUGCGUGCUGCCAGGUUCCUGGGAAGGAGGAGUUCUACUGCGACCCGCCACCUGAGUGGCUAGCUGCAAGGGCCAAGGCUGGCCUUAGCAUGGACGCACUCUGGAAGCUCGAGAAGCAGUUGCCUGGCAGGGGAGCUGCGAGCAGGGAGUGGAUCAGCUUCGCGGCUGAGCGCAUCCUGGAGUGCGGCUUCGAGCGCAACGAGGUCGAGAGCUUCCUUCCGAUGAUCAGGUCCAAACUGAAGUUGAAGGACAGCGACGUCGUCACCGAGGGCCGCUUUGAGUACCUCAAGCGGGCGAGGAUCAAGACGGACGAGGGCAUCUUCGUGCAGCCCCAUGAGAAGCACGCCCUCAACAUUAUCACGGAGCUAGGGCUGCAGGGCGCGAAUCCAGUCAAGACUCCAGACUUGGGAUCGGAAGAGGUCCUGGAGCACUCCCCGCCACUCGUCGACACGCAGAUCGCGUGGUAUCGUUCGUGUGUGGGGAGUGGCCUCUACCUGGCGCAAGAUCGCACCGACAUCCAGAGGGCCGUGGGGAUGCUGGCAUCUGACCAGGCGGCGCCGACGGGGCUCUCUUGGAAAAGGCUGCUCCGUCUUGGACGCUACUUGGUUGGGGCAUCCGACCUGGGCGUAUUCACCCCGAAGGCUGACAUGAAGAUCUACAAGAAGGUCGUUGUCCACUUGAGGAGUUUCUCCGACAGUGACCACGGAGGCAAGGAGGCGAAGCGCAAGAGCACGACCUGUGGGGUUCGGUAUGCCGAUAGUGUGGUGUUGGCGACGCUAGUGAGGAGGCAGGACUUGAUUGCAGUGAGUUCUGGAGAGAGCGAGUUCUACGCGCUGAGCACUGUGGCCAUGGGCGGCAAGAUGCCCAGGGAUCUGCUGACAUGGUUCGGGCUUCGUGUUGAGUGGACCUUGGAGACGGACUCUUCAGCAGCUCGCGCGAUGUCCUUGAGGCAGGGCGUCGGGGAGGUCCGCCACCUGGACACGCGAGCACGCUGGGUCCAGCAGGCCACGCGCAUGCUUGGGCUGAAGGUGCUGAAGUGCAAGGGUACCGAGAAUCCCAGUGACAUUGGGACGAAGCCACAUACGUCCGAGGUUCAUGAGCAGCUCUGCAAGCAAGUAG